GCCGCCAACGGUCGAAACCUUUUUUUCGUAGUCGGAGCGGUCAACAGGACCGCGCGAAAGAGGAAACCGACAGCAGAUAUUUCUGAGCAUCGAUUUCUCCUCGCUUUUUAAAAGUGUCAAAGACCAUUGACACCGCUUCGGCAGCUGUUUUCAUGAGACUAAGCCCUGCACUUGUGCGGCACGAGCCGCACUGAUUUGUAGUAUAGUCGCACUAGAAGUCUCCCGUACUACAUGUACGAGGUCGCAUAGUCUUGAGACCUUUCUAGGUGGAUGUAAAGUGUAACUCCCGCGCAUUUGUACUGAAUCCGUUCGCCACCAUUUUAUCUUAUCUCCGGAGUAUAUGUCUUCCUUCAUGCCGCGAGGAGCUGAUCAACACUUGGGUUGGUGAUAUGAUAGUGCAUGUGCCAGGGAGUCACGGUCAGGUUUGUUGGCAUUUGGGUGCACGACUUUGAAGCAUUUGAGCAAGGGGGGGGAUUGAAAAAGAGUUAUCUCCCCUCAUUACCUAGGGACGCCGUUUAAAAUGGCCGCGCAGGUGUCUAGGGUGCUGACCACUGCCGUGUGUUUCGGGCAGGCUCGGAGCUUUGAUACCGGCUUGGAUGCCAUCGGGCGUCCAGGUCGGCAUCGCAAACACUGUCAUCAUCGACAUCAGUGCUCUUAUUGUUGCCGUCAAUUUCGUGAUCAUGCUUUUCGGCGGGUGCAUGAAGAUUUGUGGGCUCUGCAGGUGGGGGUGCUAUGGAGCUGCGUGAACAGGUCAAUUAAGGAGGGUCGGAACAGCACGCCUUUGUGCGCCCCGAUUGCCACUGAUGCGCAUAGGAAAGGGGAGGGCUUUUCCGUGGCCCCCUGCCGUUCACGGGUAGGAUUGAACACAGGAUGUGGAGAUGCUUGCCACCAUCAUUUUCAUUGUGAUUAUCGUGCAGCAUGGAGGGAAGGAAGAGAAUCAGGUCCGAGAGGCGGCCCAGGAUUGGCAGCAUGGAGGGAAAGCAGAGGAUCAGGUCUAGGACGAGGCGCGGAUUAUCCUGUAGCAUGCAGGGAAAGAAGAGGAUCAGGUCUAGGAGGUGGUGCGGAUUAUCCUGGAGCAUGGAGGGAAAGAAGAGGGUCAGGUCUCGGGGGAGGCUUGGAUUCAAGCUGGCUGCGGGUUGACGACAGAGCAGAGGUAGGCGUUUCCAUGUCCAUUGUGCGACGGUCGGGUGAUGACAGUGGCCGCACCAGCAACGAAGGUUUGGGACCCAUCGAUGGCCACGGAGGUGAUGACAUGGAGUACGCUUCGGGUCAGGUGGUGGUUGUGACGAGGGAAAGAGGAAAGAACGGGAAGCUGAUGGAUUUGCUGGGUGCACAGGGUGUCGAAUGCCUGGAGCUGCCGUUGAUUGAAUAUGUGGACGGUCCAGAUUCUCCAAAGCUGGUGAAGGCCUUGCAGGCCGAAGAAUGGGCUUGGGUGAUUUUGACCUCCCCCGAGGCGGCAUCCGUCUUUCUGCAGAACUGGGAGAAAGCAGGCCGGCCGGCAUUACGUAUGGCGGUGGUUGGGUCCGGAACAGGUCAGGUUCUGCUAGAUGCAGCAGCAAUAGCAGCAACACAAGGAUUAAACGGGGAGGGAGAACUGCUAACCAUCGGGUUUCAACCAUCAAAGGCGCAAGGGGUGUAUCUCGCUGCAGAGCUGCCUUUGCCAGAUCUUUCUCCUUCUCCCUCUCCUUCUGCUGCUCCACCUUCUGUUGCCACUGAUGUUGGUGUCAGCCGAAAGGUACUCUACCCAGCAUCGGUGAAAGCUAGCCAUGAAUUAGAGGAAGGCCUCGCUAAGCGUGGAUUUGCCGUCACUCGAUUAAACACUUACUCGACCGAGACGGUGAGGCAGCUUGACAGGGAUCGCUUUGCCAGAGCUGUACGAUCGCCUGUCAUCACGUUUGCAUCUCCGACAGCUGUAAGAGCAUGGAUCAGCCAUGUGGCAGAUGCACAAUGUGAAUGGGACGGUGUGGCGGCAUGCAUUGGUAGUACCACCGCUGAGGCAGCAAUGAGAGCUGGUGUGAAGAGGGUCGUCUAUCCGACGAGUCCAGGAAUGAAUGGCUGGGUUGACGUCAUCAUGCAGGCCCUUCAGCAAAACGAAGUCGCACGGAUCUGAAGCAUAUGUGCUGUGCUUGUGUUCUCCUCUCCCCCGAUUUCGCCGAGGUGGGCUGAGAAACGGGCCGUGCAACAGACCGCUUAAUUGUGUGCAACGGCUUCCUCACUCCUCGGAGGCCGGCUUCAAAACGGUCUGACGAGUCUUUCGCCCCUAUGCCCAAAUCCAACGAAUGAUUUUCACGUCAGUAUUGCCGCGAGCCUUCACACCUUUUCCCUCCUCAGCCUCACUCACACAAACACUUUCCAGGAUGUAUUGAAACCACCAGUACUUCCGGAGGUCACGGCAUGCAUGAGCCCGUUUGUGACUUUCGAAAGUAGUAGUGGUUUUACCACAGCUACGGCCAGAUCUGGACGAAUCUGACUGCAAUCGCAUCCUGAGCUUCGCAGCAAAGAUCCUUUUUCUUUUUUUGUUUCCCGCAGCUAAGAUCGUAGUAUGAGUAUAUGCCCCUAUUCGACUUGAACCUGCCUCUAUCUUCCACAGGUUCAUGCAUAGCAUAAGCCUGAGUAUAAUGGCUUGGGGCAUGAGGCCUGGGCUCGGCAGGGAAUAAGACAGUGUUAGAGAACUUUAGAGGGUUUUGUUAAGGAGUCCAGGGGCGCUGAGCAUUCAGUAGACUAGCAAUAGGCCAGCAAUUAUCUAAGUUUUCUAAAUUUUCCUGGUGUAAAUGACACAGUUGUCUUUCCUAGCCGAAGCCGGGUAAUGGUCCCCGUACCUCAAGAUGGUCUUAAGAAUGAUGUAAGAUUCUGGGGACUCCUAGCAACUCAUCUUAGACGGCUCCAUUGCUGAUAUACUCGGUGAUGUGAGGCUGUUCAAUGCCAGAACGACGCUGGCCGGUGCUGGGGUGUUACCCUGUAACCUGCUGAUGCAGGAGUGUGAGGCCUGGUAGAGAGAUCUGGGGAUGCUUUGGGGUGGGCAUUCCAAAGGACAACCAAGGGUUGCUGCUGGGACGACGCUGGCCGGAGCUGGGGCGAGUCGUGUUGCCCUGUAACCCAGCACGGUGGGGGUGUGAGGCCUAGAAGAGCUCAGCAGGGAGUAAGACAGUGCUGGAGAGCUUUAGAAGGGUUGCUAGGGAUCCACAGGGUUUUGAGCAUUUGUAGGACCUCUGUGGUGGCGUAUUUUUUUUUCUUCUGUAGUUUGUCGUAGUAAAUUUCUAAGUAGCUC